AUGACAAUACGAAAUUAUUUUAUCGAAAAGAUCCCAACGAUUGCAAAAUCCUUCUAUGAAUAUUUUCUUGAAAUUAUCAAACAAUUUGGAAAUGCAAUCGCUUUGAUUGACCCAGAAACAAUGAAGUUCUUGACCUAUUCGGAGUUAAUUAAUCGAUUAGAGGAAAUGCGUAAUGCAUUAAUAAGACUAGGUAUUCAACAUGGUGAUGUGAUCGGUACAUAUACCGGGAAUUCCUUGGAUUAUAUCAUUUUUAUCUUAGCUGCUGUUAGCAUUGGCGCUAUUUUGGUACCAUUGAAUCCGGCAUAUAAAGCAUACGAAAUUACGAAAUAUUUCAAGGAAGUUUCGGUUAAAUGGAUAUUAACCGAAGAAAAGUUAUUUGAAAAAAUUCAACAUUUAAAAGGAGAGAAUGUUCAAGCAAUGAUCUUCUUUUCUUCCGGAACAACCGGAUUACCAAAAGGAGUUAUUUUAAAUCACAGUGCACUUAUUGCUAAUGUUGAAUUGAUCCGCAAAGCUCAAGGAAUCAGAUGUGAGAGAUACAAAAUGAUUAAUCUGAGCAGUACGGAUGUGGUAUACGGUGUGUUACCAUAUUUUCACGCUGGUGGUCUGCUAACCGUUUUGGGCCUUUUAGGACUUGGUGUUCAAAUAAUCAUAAACAGGAAAUUUAACGGUGAAGAGUUUCUGAAAACACUGAGCAAUUACCAGGUGACAACAGCUUUGUUGGUACCACCGGUGCUAAAAUUCUUCUCGAAUAUUCCUGAUCUAAAUCCUGAAGCAUUCCAUUCUCUAAAAUACAUCUUCAUAGGAUCAGCUCAUGUUAACGAAUCACUUGUCGAAAUAGUAAAACGUCGCUUACCCAAAACAAACAUUCUUCAGUGUGAGUUAAUUUCAAAAAUUUGUUGA